GAAGGUUUUUUGCUCGAUAGUCGCUCAUCAAGCUUUUGAUUCUCUUCAAGUCCUCCUCUAUCAUAUCUGCUCUGCCUCGUCCAGCUUCGGUUCCAGAAAUAAUCCUUCAGCCUUACGGGGAUUUGUUGAGAGGGUCUAGAUUCGGCCAUCGAUCCGGCUUCUGACGUCAGGCCUCAGGCAACCCAGCCAAUUUACUCCGCAAUGGCGCUUUUAUUUCUGAAGCAGAAAUUCUUUCCCAGCGAAAAGCAAAAACAGGCUAUUCCUUAUGGAAAACCAUUACUUUCCAAUGACGAUACCGAUACGCUACCGGGCGACCAAGACCUCGAAGCUCAACGAUCCUACGAUACCUUCCGCGCCUCAUCUCCUGUUUCCGACACCGACAGCACCGCCGCCAGUACCAGCAGUUCGCGAUCACGCAUCAACCCGCGUAUCGUUUCCGAUGCUAUCUUAGGUCUUUCGGAUGGCUUGACGGUGCCGUUCGCGCUGAGCGCUGGUCUCUCUGCGCUGGGAAACACCAAGGUCGUUGUGCUUGGAGGAUUGGCCGAAUUGACCGCAGGUGCCAUUUCCAUGGGCCUGGGAGGAUACGUCGGUGCAAAGAGUGAAGCAGAAUCCUAUGAAACCACCGUCCGCGAAGCCAAAGAACUCAUCCACACAUCCCCCUCCGAAACCAGCUCCAUCGUCCAAUCCAUCUUCGCCUCCUACCGUCUCCCCGAAGAUACCAUCGCUCAGAUCAACACCUCCCUCCACGCCUCCGAAGAACACCUCCUCGACUUCCUGGUUAGCUUCCACCACAAGGAAUCCCAGCCUGACUGCAACCAGGCAUGGAUCUCCGCUAUCACACUCGCACUCGGCUACUUCGUGGGCGGCUUCAUCCCGCUCAUCCCAUACUUUAUCGUGAACCAGGUGGUUACGGCAUUGUACAUGAGUAUCGGAGUCAUGGCGGUCACGCUGCUCGCCUUCGGGUACAUCAAAACGUGUGUUGUGCGCGGCUGGACCGGGCGCGACAAUAUCGUUGCGGGCAUCAAGGGAGGCCUGGAGAUGUGUUUCGUGGGCGGAGUGGCUGCGGGGGCAGCCAUUGCUCUGGUGCGGCUGAUUGACGCAUAACCUCCCACCACCACAUACCCACGCCUAAUACCCCCUCAAAAGUUCCCAUCUCAUGCCUUGACGACUGUACCAUAGAUACCAUCAUAGAGCGGCUUUUCAUUCAUCCAUUCAAUACAAUUUAUCUAAUCUAAAG